AUGGAAAAUGAUAUAUUUAGACUUUUUCAACGUGCAACUCAUGAUCCUCAAUCAGAUUAUGCUGAAUUAGUUGAAGAUGACGAAAGAAAUUCUCAACGACGUAUUAAAACUAUUCCAUCUACAUCAGCAAAUUAUGGUUCCUAUGGAUAUUCUCGUAUCCCAUUUGUUAAUUCAAUUCGAAAUAUGCCUGUUCGAUAUCAAACAGCAUUUCUCAGUUCCUUAGGUUUUCUUAUUUCCUUCGGUAUUCGAUGUAAUAUGGGCGUGAGUGUAGUGGCAAUGACACAUAAUAAAACGGAAAAAUAUCCAAAUGGAACAAUCAAAUUAGUUCAACUCGCUCAAUUUGAUUGGACACCGGGAAUUAUCGGAAUUGUUGAUAGUUCGUUUUUUUGGGGUUAUCUUGUCACACAAGUACCUGGAGGAUAUUUAGCAGCUAAAUUUCCAGCAAAUCAUGUAUUUGGAUUUGCACUUGGAAUUUCUUCGUUUCUAAACUUAUUUAUUCCCUUUGCUGCGAAAAUUCAUUAUGGAUUUGUAAUGAUUCUGCGAAUUUUACAAGGACUUGUCGAAGGUGUAACAUAUCCCGCUGCCCAUGGUAUUUGGCGAUGGUGGGCACCACCAUUAGAACGAAGUACGUUAGCAACUAUCUCGUUUACCGGUUCAUAUGCAGGUGCCGUUCUGGGAAUUCCUUUGUCGGGAAUUUUAACUGAAUAUUUCAAUUGGCAAGUCGCUUUUUAUUUCUAUGGUAUUAUUGGGAUAUUAUGGUCAAUUGGUUGGUGGUAUGUGUCAUAUGAACGUCCGGCGAUACAUCCGAAGAUUAGUGAAGAAGAACGAAUCUAUAUUGAAGAAAGUAUUGGUGAAGCGAGUUCAGUUGCAAAUAAAUCGUGGAUCAAACCACCAUGGCGUUCAUUUUUUACAUCAAUGCCAGUAUGGGCUAUAGUUGUUGCUAAUUUCUGUCGUUCAUGGUCAUUUUAUUUAUUAAUUAACUCUCAAGCUGAAUAUUUUCAAGAAGCUUUAGAUUAUAAUGUUGGAAAGGAUCCAUUUGCUGCAGCUUUACCUCAUCUAACCAUGUCGUGUAUUGUUCCAUUUGCUGGUAAAUUAGCUGAUUACUUGCGUCGUAAUUAUUUAACAACGACCGUUGUUCGAAAGAUAAUGAACUGUGGAGGAUUCGGUAUGGAAGCGGUUUUUCUCCUCUUUGUUGCAUAUGCAAAGAGCCCACCAUUAGCAAUAGUAGCAUUGACAAUCGCAGUCGGUUUUAGCGGAUUUGCGAUUUCAGGAUUUAAUGUUAAUCAUCUUGAUAUUGCGCCACGGUACGCGAGUAUUCUUAUGGGAAUAUCGAAUGGUGUUGGAACAUUAGCUGGAAUGUUAUGUCCUGUUGCUGUAGAAUUUUUAACGCGAAAAGGCAGACGCGAUGAGUGGGCGCAUGUUUUUCUGAUCGCUUCAUUAAUUCAUUUCGGUGGAGUUAUUUUCUAUGGAAUGUUCGCAUCAGGUGAAAAGCAGCCAUGGGCUGAGCCACCUCCGGACAACAAUGAUUCAUCAUGGUCAACAAACAAAAAUCCGAAUAAUGAAAACGAUCGAUUUCCAUUAUAUGGCGCAACAGCAACAAAUGAAACAAGUGGUUAUCAAGGAGGUGAUCCAUUUGCUGGGAUGGCAAAUGGAAAUUAUACAAAUAUUCCCGGUCGAAAUGUAAAUCCAUCAUCGUCAAUUCCACUUACAAUUGAAAAUCCCUUGUAUCGUAAUGAUCGUUAG